GGUUGAAGGCGGUUGUGUCCGUUAUGAUUGUGGCUAUCGCGUCUUUGUGAAUUUUCGAUAGUUUUCACACAAAUUGGUUUAUUUUCGUAUUAAAAUCAUUAUACGCGGUGGCACCUGUUAAUAAAGAGUUAAAAUGAACAAUCAACGAAGACGUGCUAAUGAUUUUACGGAUUCCCUGAACAGUUUUCGUCAGGUCAAUGAUGAAGAGAACAGUAUAUUUGAAUCAAUUUCACAAGAUAGCUUAGAUACAGAUUCUAUAAGAAAUAGACAAUGUCGAGAUCAUAAUCGUGCAAAGAAUGAUGCAUCUCAAGCAGAUUCCAUCAUUCUAGCAGGUAAUUUUGUUAGACAGCCACGUACAUCUGAUUCGUUCAAGGCAAUUCAAGAAAACUAUAUCAAUACAUAUAAGGACAGACAAUCUAUAUCAGAUAUCUUGUCUGUAUCGGAUAAAACAUCAUAUAUUUCAAUCAAACCUGAUUUUAAUAAAUGUAUAAAUUUGUUUCACAAUGAACAUCUGAACGAUAAUGAUACUUCUAGGAAGUCAAAUUUUUCUUCAUUGUCUGAACUUAGAGGCAGCAAAGACAUUGAGUAUCAUCAGUUGAAUAAAAACAAAUCUUUGAUGGUACAAUUAAUUAAAGAUUUUCCACGUUCUAUAUCAUCAAAUUCAUUGAAAAGUAUAACCCCAUCUAAAACAGAGUUUAGAAAGUUUAAAAGCUGUAUUAUGCUGAAUAGUAACUUGAAAAAAGAUACAAAUUAUAAUAUUAAAUCUGACAAAUUAUCUUUAGCAGAAACUGCAACAAAAAGUAACCAAGAAAAAGAUGAUACAUCUUUUUAUGAUGCAUUUUUGCUGCCAAAAACUUCUGUUUUACAAAACCAAAAGGAAUUUUAUUCUACUGAAAAAUGUCAGAAGCUAGAUUCAAGUAGUGAAAGAAGUUCAAAGGAGGAACUUAAUCCUACUGAGUUGAGAAAAUUCCUACAAUCACUGGAUCAAAAGUCAAUAAGAGAAGAACCUGUACAAGAACGUUUGAGGCGCAUGUCCACAAAUUAUAAUGAUUCUCCUAAAAAUUUCACAGAAAGAUUGCUAACAAUAAUCGAAGAAUCAUUUGCAAUUGAUUCCCAAGCGAAUGUUAGUUUAUGUAGAUUAAUCGAAGAGUUUCAAAAGUGCAAUUUUAUAGAAGAUGAAACCGCUCCCGAAUGGAUUCAUUCAUCUCCAAGUAUGUCAAUAUCAAUUCGCGUGAGAAAAGGAAGUCAAGAAUUCAAAAAUGAUCUGCUGCGGAAAUCUGUUGGUGCAACACCAAAUAAAGAUUUGUAUUUAUCAACGCCUCCUCGAUUUAAUAUUAAUAGCCCUAAUAAAGCUUAUCGACGUACGCCAAAAAAUAUUGCACAUAAUAUAAGAAGUCCACAGCUUGAUAACACAAGUACAUUCGAGUCCUUGGAAGCAUACUGUGAAAAAUUAUAUCCUAACGAAUUCAAAGCUCUUGCAGCACGAGAGAAGAAUCAAUGUCAGUCACCUUUGAAAAACAUGAAUAGGAUUUUGCGUGCAUGUGAAAAUCAAAUGGCUUCUCUGGAGAACUCGCCCAAUGUUCAUGAACAACUCAAACAAGCUAGAAGGUCCACCUCGGAUUCGAUAAGCCAACGUAAUACAGUACCUGAAGCGCUAUGUAGGUUGCUUUCAUACGAGCAAUGCGAUAAAACCGAUUCGCAGAGUGUACCUGAUAUACUUAAGCAACGAACAGAGCAUAAUAAGCGUUACGAAAGAAUUAAACCAGAUAAUCUGAGAAACUCACUUAUACAUGAAAUCGCGAAGAAAAGGCAAAAGUGUAUUGACACGGUGAAGACAAUGGAAAUGGAAGCGGAUUCGGAGUCAAUGGAAGCACAGAAAAUAUGCCCAACCACUAAUAACAAUAAGCCCGUCAAUCCGUCAAUUGUUAACGAUGCUAAAUUCAUGGAAACAUUGAAGUGUGUGAAGAAAUAUCAGGAUUAUCUGGAGCAGAACAAACCCUUACUUAGUUUUCUUCAACGAUCAGAAUCAUACAAUUCUCCACACGACAAAAAAAAUACUAAGAAGAUCCCUAAUGAAAACUUUAAUACUGAUAUUACAACUGUACCUUCUAAGACCACAUUGAGAGUACCAAAGUCUUCAACGACGAGAAACAAGUGUAUAAGCCCUUCGUUGCUAAAACCUCACUUUUCUAAUAAAGUAACUGGUUCGAAGCCUAAAUUAUUUUAUACUCCUGGAAAGACGACUGUACAGACAACUAUUAAGAAUUCUAGGCCAAAAUGCACAUACUUUCCUAAUAAGUUAGAUGCAACGAGUAAACAAAAAGAAAACCAUGUCAGUCCACAUGAGAAAAGUAUUUAUCGUCAAAUUGGAACUUAUGAUUACAUAAAAUCACCGAUUGCGUCAUAUAUAAGAGGCACGGAUCCUUAUCUGGUGAAAAAUUUACGACCUAAAACGGAUGAAAAUCUAUUGACACCGAGAAAAAAGCAGGCUAAUCAAUCUUCUAGUUCAAAGCCCAACCUGAAAUUCCGACUAUCUCCAAAAGAGAAAUCGACUCAAACACCAGUAAGAGAAAACAUUGCCAAUAACUUUUCAUAUCCAAAAGUGAAUUACAAACUCCCAUCGCAUGUACGCACGAUAAAAGAAGGAGAAAAUUUGAAAGUGGGAAAUCGCGUAAACCAAUUACUGCGCUCUACGCAAGAUAAAGUUGUGAUCCGACACGAGGGUCGACCAAAAUCAGCUCAAACAGAUUAUUUGGAGCAAUCUGAAAUUCAUUACGAUUCCGCAGAAGACUCCGUGCAUGUUGAGCAGACAGCUCGCAAAACAUGUUUUUCCCGAGCGCAAAAAAAUUAUUAACUUUUUUUAAUGUUUAAUAUAAUACUUUAAUUUUAUUAAUUGAAAAAGAGAUUGGUUAGGAGUGUGUGAAGCUAGCAUCUCAUUCUCGUAGAUUUUUUAUUUACACUAGAACAAUACAAAGCGCGCGCUUCGCGCGCGUCAUUCUUUACGAUACGUCUAAGAUACGUCUGCAAACGCCACAAAGCAGAGAUAAUUUAUGUUGCUCGCCGCUGCGAUUAACUAUAUACUAUUAUACUAUUAAUUCCUUGAUACUCGUAAUAACUAUACUAAUAUAGCAUCUAUAUUAGCAUGAUGGAAUACGUGAAUAAUUUCGUUGAUAAAAUAGGACAAUUGGAAGACGCUGGAAUAAAGUUACCAGAACAACUAGCUGUCAAAAAUUACAUUUCUUUGACAUUUCUUUUUAUCUUACAGAUAUUUGUACAGAAUAUUGUGAUAUGUUACUCAUUAUUUGUACAGAAUAUUGUGAUAUGUUCCUCAUUUAUGAUAAAAUGAAGAAGAAGUGCUACGUAAUGUAGAAGAAAAUCCUACAAUGAGUAUUCGUGAAAUUAAUCGUCAAGUUGGAAUGUCAAAAAUAAUGGUUCAUAAAAUAUUAAAAGAAAAUGAAAUGCAUGCGUUUACUCAAAGGUACAACAUUUAUUACCUCAAGAUUAUGCGCAAAAAGUUUUUACAUAUUCAAUAUUAUUUAACUGUUAUUAAAAUAAAAUAUUGUGAAACUAUUUCAA